AUGGAUGAUCAAGACCCACCCACCAGACAUAACCAGGAGAACACGCUCCUAUACAAGAUCAUCUACUGGGACAAAUUCUUCGAAUCGGACGCGCCCCCCCGACUCGGAAUGGGCAUCAAGAAACGUCUCAAUUACGUGACCUUAUCAGCCUUCUCUGCCGGUCUGGGUAUCGGAUAUACCCACGGCAGCAAGAUGCUGGCCUACCGGUUUCGAGCCGAAAACGCCCAUCGCUUUCCUGAGUCGUCGCAGGGAUGGUUCCAGUACCAUAAGACGAAGAAUUACGUGUCGUCGAUCGGAGGUAUCAAGGAGGGCUUUCGGAUGGGAGCUAAGCUGGGUACUGGUGCCUUGUUGUUCUGUCUCUUUGAGGAGACGGUGGAUUAUGCCCGUCACGAUCAGAGGGAUUUCUUGUCUACGGUGACGGCCGGGUUGUCGUUUUCUGGAAUCUACAGCUUGCUAGGUCGACACGAUGUUUACACCGCAGCUCGGACAGCGAGGCUGGGUCUGAAAUUGAGCUUGGCUUAUGGGUUGCUGCAAGAUGCCCUAGAGAGCGCUAAGGGAAAUCGACCUGCCUACGUUGAUUUCAUCCUGGGGAGCCGCCAGUCGAAGUCUGAAUGA